AUGAUGCUCAUCAUUUUUACGCUGAUCAUGCUGCUGAUGGGUACGGUCAUCUCCGUCCCAGAGCCGCCUGCAACCUGUGCACCGGGGUACAACAUGUGCGAAUCCAAUGGCGUGUUCGACGGACGCGACGAUUUGGUCCAUCUUUACCAGAAUCUGGUCGACACCGUGGACGCGUCCUCUCACUUUAAACGGGAAGCACUCGAGGCAGAACCCCUUGAACGCAAAGAGGUUACUUUGCUGUGCUGUGCCGAAGGCAUGCAAUGUUUGGGUUUAAAGGGCAGCAAUAUGCCUUUCUGUUGGGAUCGAUUCACCACAGAUGUGUAUCUCCCGGGCGGUUGGUAUGGAAGUAUCACGACUGGCGAAUUUACCCUACCAUCUGGCGAGACGGUCAAUCUGAUCACGGGGCAGUACGCAAACGGAUCCAAUAUCUACGGCGCAGAGGUCACGGCUAGGCCCAACCUCGCAACGAUGAGCUUGCCUGGACUUUGGACAAGCAGUGGUGUUGGAAGUGCGAUCCCUGCCAGUGUUCUUGGAGCUUCAGCGACAGAGACAACCGCCACUAGCACCAGCGAUACCAGCCUCUUGGGCAGUAUUGUCACUGCAACAUCUGCUAGUGCAGGGACAACUACGACUCGGCCAGAGUCUACUGCAGAUAGCACUGCAACAUCUGGCAGCAUUACGGCAACCACCACGCAGCCAGAAUCCACAGUCAAUAGCAGCACUCUAUCCGAGUCUGCUCCGAAGACGGGUAAGGCAGGAAAACCAGCUCCCACUGCUUCAGGAGCGGCUGGAGUCAAGGACAGCGCUUCCUGGGCGUCUACUCUGGUAGCAACUGGCCUGACAAUCGCCGUGAUGUUCAAUUGA